UUUAUAAAGAGUCGAUAUAUAGACAGUAGUAGAACAGAUCGGUUGCGCGGGCGCUUAUAAUCUUCGAGGAAAUAAUAGAAGAUUGAAGAGAACGUCAUGUCUCAUGAGAAGAAGAGAAUCUCCUAUGACGAAGAGAAGAAGAAAAAUCCCGAGUUGAAGGAUUCCGACGUACAAAUUUUAAAGGACUGGUGCGCGAAACAACCGCAUCUUCCGAAAAUCUCGGACAGUGAAUACGCGUUGUUUUUACACAGCAAUUACUAUCGUAUCGAACCUACUAAGAGCACUAUCGAGGCAUAUUAUACAUCUAGGACUCAUCUCGUAGAAUUUUUCUCCAAUAGAGAUCCGCUUGGAACAAAGCAGUUGCGGGAAGCGUUUAAAGUUACAGGACAGAUAGUAUUGUCAAUGCCGACGAAGGAAGGAUACAUAAUCUCCUAUGGAAAACUAAUAGAUUAUGAUCCGUCACAUUUUGUUUACAACGACAUUAUGAAAUACUUUAUUAUGAUGAUGGAUGCAUGGCAGUAUACCGAAGGAACCACUAAGGGCCAUAUAAUAGUCUUAGACAUGGAAGGUGUCACCUUUGCUCACGCUGCCCGUCUUAGCCCUAUGGGAAUUAAGAAAUUUCUUUUUUAUCUACAAGAGGCUAUACCGAUCAGACUCAUGGGUUUGCAUUUUAUAAAUACCAACGCGGUUAUGGAUAUCAUUUUGGCGAUGAUGAAGCCGUUCAUGAAAAAGGAACUGAUGGAAGUGUUGCAUAUUCAUACGUCGAAGGAUACGUUCGCAAAGUUUGUACCAUUGGAAGCGUUUCCGUGCGACAUCAGUUUACAUGGAAGUUCUAGGCCGCUAAAAGAACAGCAAGAGGAGCAAUUAAAAAAGUUGGAAAAUCAUCGUGAAUGGUUUCUGAAAGAUGAAGCUACGGGUCGAGUGAACGAAUCCUUGAGAGUAGGCGAAAAUAAGACAAUGGAUUUGUUCGGUGUUGAAGGAAGUUUCAAGAAACUCGAUAUAUCAAAUUUGCCUUACAGAUUACCUUCGAGCUUUGCAAUCAUGUCAGGUGUAAUAUCACCGCCUCGAUACAUUACUAUAGAAGAAGAGUGCAAACGGAACCCGGAACUCAAAAUGUCAGAUCUGCAAAUGUUGAAGGAUUGGAUGGACAAGGAACCUCAUUUGCCUAAUAUAGAAAUACUAUACUUCGUUCUAUUUCUUCAUAGUAAUUAUUAUCAUCUAGAGGCAACGAAAAAAACAAUAGACACUUUUUUUACCGUAAGAACGCAUGUGCCGGAAGUGUUCUCCAAUAGAGAUCCAAUUGCAUGGAAAGAAUUGCGGAAGACUUUUACCGUCGUAGCGGCUAUACCAUUGGAGCAGAAAACCAAAGAGGGAUACAUCGUGGCAUUUGCCAAGCUUUUGGAUUCAGAUCUGAGUAAAUUUGAUUAUCUCGAGUGUAUGAAAUAUUUAUUUAUGACAUGUGAAGUACAAAACUUGAUAAGAGGCACUAGUGAGGGACUAGUUGUCGUCAUUGACGCAUCGGGUGCAACCUUUGGUCAUCUCGCUCGUAUGAAUUUAAUGAAUUUGAAAAAGAUAUUGUUCUAUAUACAAGAAGCUGUCCCAGUUCGAUUAAAGGCCAUACAUAUACUCAAUACCGCACCUGUAGUAGACAUGAUGCUAAAUAUGAUAAAGCCUUUCGCGAAAGCAGAAUUGCUAAAGCUUAUACACUGUCAUUCCAACUUGGAGACUGUGCAAAAGUUUUUGUCCAUCGACAUUUUGCCGAACGAAUAUGGCGGGAAAGCGGGAUCUAUCGAGGAAUUAAUUGCUAAACACAUCAAAUUAUUGGAAGAAUUCCGCGCAUGGUUUCAGUACGAGGAACAUAUUGGGCGGGUGAAUGAAUCCCUACGAGUUGAGAAAUUUCAAAAUGCGGAUAGCUUGUUCGGUGUGGACGGUAGCUUUAAAAAAUUAGAGCUAGAUUGAGCCGAAUAAAUACAAAAUCAAAGAUUUUUAAAA